UACGCAGAGAGCCUGCUCCUACCAGAGGAAGCCAAGCUGAGCUUCUGACAGGAGGACUGACGUUUGUUGUUCGUGUGAGAAGUUUCAUGGGAGCCACAACAAUCUCCAACUGAUGUUGUCGGGACGUAAGUGAUGGUGUGAGGACUCGGUGAGGGGGGACUCAUGCGCAAAAAUGCGGAUCUUUCUCCCUUUGCUGUGGGUUCUCUGCGCAGCGCCGGUCCGCGGCAUUUUCGACGGAACCUGUCCCAGAAAAGACCCUCCCCCUGGUGUGUUGGUCUUAUCCCCAGGCAGUAAGCUGGUUUUAACCUGCAGUGGUCAUGUGGAGGUUGAUGGAGUAAAGGUCAGCUGGGGCAGAAAUGGCUUAAACACCAACAGACAAGGGAGUUCUGCAGAUGCAGUCCCAACAACCACUGCAAACAUCAGAAGCAGCACUGGAGCUUCAUUAAACAGUGACAAACACACUGGGGGGAAUGCUGUAAAUGAGGGGUACCACUCUCACCCCACUGAGGCAGGAGAGAACACAAGUCUCGGACAAACAGACACAGGAUACACAGCUCCCCCUACAACUCACGCGGUCCAGCCAACCAGUGUGACCAGACUGCGAAUGGGUGAAUCUGAAGACAUGGCCGGAGAGGACGAUUAUGAGGAAGAGGAGGAGGGCAAGGAAGGGAGCAGAGUAACACGGGGCGUAAAGUCAAGGCUACAGUGGAAGUGGAACAGGAUGACAGUGGGAAAAGGAGACAGAGACUGGGGUGAAGUCACAUUAGAGAGGAGAGGGGCGUCACUGUCUCUGUCCUCAGUGAGACUGAUAGACGCCGGGAGGUACACGUGUUAUCACAGAGACAGAGAGAGGUUCUCCUUAAAAGUACAUGUUUCAGAUCAUCCAGAGACCCCCACUCUAUCCUGCUACAAAAGGUCACCCAGCAGUAAGAUCCGCUGUGAGUGGACGUCUCAGAAGCCCGUCACUGUACAAACUCACUGUCACCUCUUACUCAGUAAAAGCCCAAAACAGCCAUUUCUUCACAUUCCGUGCUCAUUCUCAUCUCGCCUCUCCCGCUGCUGGUGUGCUCUGGAUCACAAUGACGACGAGCUGAGAACUGUUCACACAGCCUUCCUGUGUGUUACGAGCAUCACUGGCAACGCCACCAGCAGCCCGCAAAGCUUCACACCUCUGAGAAUUUUGAAGCCCAACCCUCCAGCACAUUUGUCAGUCCGACAGGAGGAGGGACACGAAAGGAGAAUGAUCGCCACCUGGGGUUUGCCAGUCUCCUGGAAGUCUCAAGACAGCUAUUAUGCACUACUCUACGAGAUCAAAUACCAACCUGUCCACUCCUUGUUUGAUUAUGAGCAGACACAUAAGAUCAAGCACGGGCGUUCCUACACUAUCACUGAUGCACUAGUUGGUGUGGAGUACAGGAUACAGGUCAGAGCGAGAGAAGAAUAUGAUGGUCAGUGGAGUGAGUGGAGUGAACCGGUCCAUGCCAGCAGUUGGACAGCAGUUAAAGGGACAGUCGAUGACCUCACUCCCACCAUGUUUCCAGUAUACACGGAAGGCUCUGGUUGUUCAGGAGACUAUAUGUCUGAUGUUCCUGAGCUGGUGUAUAGUGGAGUGGAGGCGUCACAUCACGUGAUCCCGUGGAUCUGCGGUCCAUUUGCUCUCUUGUUGGUCAUUUUGGCUGCCUACUUAUUCAGACACAAGGACAGAUUCAUGCCUAAACUCCAGAGUCUGAGUGUCAUUGCCCGGUGCAGUGACCCACCUCAGCCGGCACCCCCCGCCCCAACACUUCCAGAAGGGCAGGCCUUGGUGACCUUAGCGCCUCGUUCUUACAAGAGACCCCCACCGAGCCAAGUGACAGAAGAGGAGGAAGAAAAUGGAGAAAAAGACGAUCAGCCGGCGAAGGAGAGGACAGAAGCCAUGCACUUCAGCAACACAAGCUAUUUCUUUCUCCGCAGGGAGUGAUGAGCAGGCAGAGAGGAGAAUAAAACUAACCACAGCCAGUGUCACAGACAGCAAAAGGAUAAUGGACUUAAAAUUGUAAUGGUUCUCCAGUGAGCUUCUACUGGAAGCAAACUCAGGAAUAGCUUGUACAGUCUCUCUUUUUAUCUCUCAUGCCUAAAAUACCUCUCAAAGACUUUUUGUUGUUGUAUGUGUCUUAAGAGCAGCUCCUCUGUCUCAUGGCUGUGCUAAUUUAAAGUGCCUUGAUAAACUGUAGACUAGACGUAGGCCUCAUUGUAAGCCUGCAUCUAGCAUAUCACCUCAUGCUCUGUUUGUACAUAAUUGUAUCAAAUAUAUCAUUUGCAUCCUGCCAUUUCAGUUUCUACAUAUGCUUCACAAGGUUUGAAACUGAAGUGGCAAAGGUUGCUGUCAAAAGCA